AUGAAGGCACUCACCGCGACUCUGCCGUGUUUAACGAGGUGCACUAUAACGAGCCGAAGUUUGUCAAGAAGCGCAGAAAUUGACUUGUUGGAUCUGUAUCCGCAGCUCGUGUCGCGAUUCUCGUCAAUCUCGAGGAGCUACGUUGCGUCGAGCCGCGGUGCUGACACCGAAGGAGCAGCAUCACCUGACAGUGUAACGUCCGCGGGGAGAAAGGUCGGCGCGGGAGGCGCGGAUCCGAACAAAGGAGGGCGCGAGGCCGCGUCGCGGAGCAACCCCAUGGCGGCGCGGCUUCGCAGCCGUGGCGUGAUCCGAUUCGACGGUCGAGAUGCGAUUAAUUUCCUGCAGGGCCUGCUGACCAAUGACGUCAUCCCGUUUCUCCAGCAACCCCCACCCGUGCCCUCCGCCGUCCCCACGCCGAAUCAGCCCGCCAGCGUGCAUCCGCCGAUUUACUCCGCGCUACUCUCCCCGCAAGGCCGGUUUCUCUUUGACCUUUUCCUCUACCGCCCGCCACACGCGGAUGCAGUGUCGAGUCUCCUGGAUCCCACUGGAGCUGGUCCAGAUACGGCGGACCCAGACGCACCUGAGCUGCUGGCGGAUGUAGAUGCAGCGAACCUGGACGACCUGCUGGCUCACCUCAAGAAGCACAAGCUCCGUGCCAACGUGUCAUUUGCUGACGUGUCAUCCGACGUGGCAGUGUGGGCGCACUUCCACUCGCGCCUCUCCUCCGACCCGGCACUCCCAGACGAGGCAGCAGCAGGGGAGGGGUUGGGGUGGGGCGGCCGAGUGGAUCAGCUGGGAGAGCUGACAUCUGAGGCAACAAGGGAGGGGUGGCGAUGGCAUCGCGAUCCGAGACUCCCGGGACUGGGGCUGAGGGGGCUCUUCCCUGCCAGUGAAAUCCCCCCAUUGGUGGAUGCACAGGUGGAAGAGGGGGAGGACAGCUACAGGAUGUUCCGGUUUUCAAUGGGAGUGGCGGAGGGGUGUGAAGAGAUGCCCAGAGGUGAAGCCCUUCCCUUGGAGUGCAAUCUAGCAGCUCUCCAUGCCAUCAGUUUCACCAAGGGCUGUUACGUGGGGCAGGAGCUCACUGCGAGAACCCACCACAGGGGUGUGGUGCGCAAGCGGCUCAUGCCAGUCCGACUCGUGCCGGCCGGGGAAGGAGGGGGGAAAGGGGAUGGGGCGGGUGGUGGAGAUGGGGGGAGGGAGGGGGGUGGAGAGGAGGAUGGGGGCAAGGGGGGAAGUGGGGGAGUAACAGUGGCUCAAGGGGCUGAGAUUGUGGAGACAGUUUCUGGGAAGGCUGUUGGGCGAGUGAAUGCGGUUCUGUGCGGUUCUGAUGGUGAUGGUAGUGGUGCUGGAGCUGCUGCUGGUGGUGGUUCGAAGGAGUUGACAGGUUUGGCGCUGCUGCGAUUGGCUCAUGGCCUCAACCCAGGGUCACAGCUGGCACCGCAAGACUCGCCGAUCACGCCCCUAUCAGCAGCUGACGUGUCAAUCCCCUCUUCGAUUCACCUCGAGGAUCUGAUUUCCGAGUAUCUCGAAGGAGGCGAUGAGGAUCGCGACGCGCUCGACGGCUUGAUGCGGAUACCAGGGUUCCAGGGAGUACCAGCAUCGGCUACCAUACGCGCCGCGCAUCAUCCAGCGCAGCCGAAUCUGAAUCGACGGCUGUCAGCGGAUUAUCUGGACAGGCAGGCGCAAGUCGCGGAGCAAAAUCAGCUCAGGUUGAUUCAGUCGCUGGCAGCCAUGGAGGGCCCCGUCGAGCGCGCUCUCUACGCUGACGUCAUCGCCGCGAUGACCGACGCACGCGCGCGCCACGCCGCGAACGGCGCUGCGAACUCGUCGUGCGACGACGACGUCCAGUCGCAGGAGCUGCGAGGGAGCAGCCUGAACGCGGCGGUCGCAGGGCGACUGCGUGCGAUGGGGUACGACGCGGCGGUUUGCACGACGCAGUGGGACACCUCUCCCGCCAUUCCCGAGGGAUCAUACGAGUACAUCGACGUCCUUGCCUCCGCGGACCCGCUAGCUCCUUCACACGCGGCAUCAGCCACCCCUUGUUACGCCCUCUUUAGUUCCACCUUCCCCAGCACAGCUUCCCCUCCGAUGCCCACCUUCACCCGAACCACCUCCCCGACCACCGCCAAUCCCGCCUCUCUUUUCCCCAGCGCCUCCUCCGUUUCGGCCAACGGCGCUUCCGUUGCCCCCGCUUCCUCCGCUCCCGCUUCCGCCUCUCCCGCUUCCGCCGCCCCCCAGCGCUUCAUCAUAGACGUCGAUUUCCGCGCGCAGUUCCAGAUCGCACGGCCCACGCGGGAGUACGCGGCGGCGCUCGAAUCCACGCCGUUGAUCUUCGUGGGGCGCGCGGAGCGGCUGGCGCGGCUGGUGGAGGUGGUAUCUGGCGCGAUGCGCGGGGCUUUAAGGGCGCAGGGCAUGCACGUCCCGCCGUGGCGCAAGUGGGAUUAUCUGCACGCUAAGUGGAUGGCUGCAGUCAGUCGGAGAGUGGUCUGCGAGUCGCCUGAAAAGGGGGUGGAGGCGAUGGGAGUGGAGGCGAUGGGAGUGGAGGCGAUGGGAGUGGAGGCGAUGGGAGUGGAGGCGAUGGGAGUGGAGGGUAAGGGUGUGGUGGAGAAAAAGGAUAUGACGGCGGUUCUCUGCCCUUCAGCAGUGCGCCCGAGCAGGGGGGCGGUGAGAAUACAGCAGAAUCGCCACUCCCAACAGCAUGCUCAUAGUGUGAUUAAGUUCUGUGCGCGUGAUUAG